UACAUGCGGACUUGUCGCGUAGUCGGAAAGCUGGUCGAAGACAACCUUUUGUCAAACGACUGUCUACAUAGCUUCCUCCGCAGGCAUCUCGUGGCCUGUGUAAAACGCGGCUCUAUGAGCCUGGGGCGAGAAUCUUUGCUUUCAACAAAACAAACAUGGCGGACUUUUAACGAAACAACAGCUUUGUAUACCUUCCGAAGCGAACGUCUUACCCACCUUCCUAGAUAUUUUUAGGGAUCCGAAAGCAGUAGGGUUAUCAGAGGAUAGAGUUCUAUCGAUGACUCUGCGGUAAACAGGAAUUUAACCAAAAAAAAUUGAGGCAUGGGCCAGCGGUACACCCUUUUCUUCACAUCCAGAGAGGGGCGGGAAGAAGACCUGAAGUGGGCCCUACACGACAGGAGAAUUUCCCCAAACCUGCGAGAUCCCGAGAGUAAGCAAACAGCACUCCACGUUGCCGCUGCUAAGGGCAGGGCAGGCUGUGUGAAACUCUUAAUAGAGGCUGGUGCUAGUGUGGAUGUGAAAGAGAAGGAUGGACUAACACCUCUCCACCUUGCUGUGUACCAUGGCAACAGCAACUGUGUCCAAAUUUUGAUUGACUAUGGAGCUGACGUCAAUAGUACCUCAAGGUUUGGUAGUACCCCACUGCACCAGGCAUCAUACUUUGGCCAUCUUUCCUGUGCCCAGAUCCUCCUGAAAAAUGGAGCAUUUGUGGAUGUGGAGGAGGCCUGGGGACAGACACCGCUAUUCCUCGCAGCACAGAGGGCCCAUAGCAAUGUGGUGCAGCUUCUACUGCAAUAUAAUGCAUAUGUGAAGCAGACGGACAAGGCUCACUUCAAGACCGCCCUCCAUGUAGCAUGUGAAGCACAAAGUAUUGCCUGUGUGCAGUACUUACUGGAUGCAGGGGCGGAUCCUAACGCACAGUGUGCCAAUGGCCGAACACCAAUGCACGAGGGUAACAAGACUUUUGUCAUCCCAUCAUGGGCAAACCAGAGCUUCACCUUUUUAAGGGAGUUGGUCGUAACGAGUGAAGAGGUAGAGCCUAUAACGCACCUAUUGGUGGAGUAUGGUGCACGCUGUGACAUUACAGAUAACACAGACAGUACGCCGGUACUUGGACUAGAAGCGCUGAUGCUUAGACACUCAAAUGACACCAACCCUGAACACUUCCUGCGCUAUCAGGGCCUAUUAGAGUUUCUCUGGCAUGCUCAUGGUCAACCUAAAAGCUUGAUGCAGAUGUGCAGAGGGACACUGAGGAAAGUGUUUUCUCCUAGCCACCUCCAUCUAGUAAAUGAAUUAGAUAUACCCACAUGUCUCAAGCGAUACAUCCUCAAUAUUGUAGAUGAUGAAACUUCCAACAAAUUGUAAUACUUAGUUUCAAUGUUAUCAGGCAUCUGGUAUUUGGGGUCUUUUUUGGCACUACUUGAAAAGAAAAGAUACCAGGUGUUGAAAACAUCGAAGUUUGCCAUCCACAUUAUUGACACCCAUAUAUAUGUGUUAAAUAGAAACACCAAUUCACCAGUUGUACCUAUCAAACCAACCAAACACUUUUUCCACUAUUACACCACAUAUAAUAUAUUUAUUUUUGUGGGUGCAAUUUUAUCAAAAUAAAUAUUUACAAAUUGUUCCAAA